AUGGCUACUGUAAAUCAAGGCCCAUUCCCUGUAAACACAGGACCCUUUGCUGGUCGUUCAGUUUCAGCUCUUGGGCUCUCUUUGCCAUGCCUUACGUCUCCAGUUCAUACCCAACGGAAAAGAAAUUUGGUCAUUAGGGAUUCAGUUGCUGUUGAACAGCAGACUCAAACUAAGGCUGCCGUUAUUAGAAUUGGCACUCGGGGAAGCCCACUGGCCCUUGCUCAAGCUUAUGAAACACAGAAUAAACUGAUAGAGACACAUCCCGAGUUAGCUGAAGAGGGUGCCAUUCAAAUUGUGAUCAUUAAGACCACUGGUGAUAAAAUAUUGAGUCAGCCGCUAGCAGAUAUAGGUGGAAAGGGUCUAUUCACAAAAGAAAUAGAUGAGGCACUCAUUGAUAGUGAAAUUGAUAUAGCUGUCCACUCAAUGAAAGAUGUUCCCACAUAUCUUCCCGAGAAGACAAUAUUGCCUUGCAAUCUUCCACGUGAGGAUGUUCGGGAUGCAUUUAUUUGUUUGACUGCAGCUUCACUGGCUGAGCUUCCAGCGGGAAGCACUGUGGGCACUGCUUCACUAAGAAGGAAGUCCCAAAUACUCCACAGAUAUCCUUCACUAAAUGUGCUCGAGAACUUUCGAGGCAAUGUACAGACAAGGUUAAGAAAAUUAAAUGAGGGAGUGGUGCAGGCAACAUUAUUGGCAUUAGCUGGGCUGAAGCGCCUCAACAUGACAGAAAAUGUUACUGCCGUUCUGUCUAUUGAUGAUAUGCUGCCAGCUGUUGCUCAAGGAGCUAUUGGGAUUGCCUGUAGAAGCGAUGAUGAAAAUAUGGCUAAUUACUUAGCGUCCUUGAACCACGAGGACACCAGAUUAGCAGUUGCGUGUGAGAGAGCUUUUCUAGAGAAAUUAGAAGGUUCUUGUCGAACUCCAAUUGCUGGAUAUGCUCGUAAGGACGAAGAUGGAAAUUGUAUUUUUAAAGCAUUGAUAGCUUCUCCGGAUGGAACCCGAGUACUUGAAACCUUUCGGAAAGGUCCAUAUGCUUUUGAAGAUAUGAUAAUGAUGGGCAAGGAUGCUGGUGAGGAACUUCUCUCAAGUGCCGGUCCAGGUUUCUUUAACCAGUAUCGGAGGGGGCUAUUUUUCCGACGAAUGGCACGAUGGAGCUCUCGAAAUGGAAGGAGAUCUCCAUGUAGAAGUCGCGCAUGCGGCGAAAGGCAGCAACUAGACGAGAAAGGAGGCGGCGGCGCCACUUGGACCAGGAGGAAAGGUGAUGAUGCUGGACGAGGGUAG